CAGGUUUAGUGUCAUAGUUACCCUCAGUGCCGUCGGUGAGUGCCUAGUGUCCAGCCGUGACUCGGGGCUAUAGUGUUGAACAAGCAGAAGUGUCACCGUGCCGCGGUCGGUGCCGGGGACUUGGAGGCACCAGUGAGAUUCGUAAACGUUAAUAUGUUUACGGUUAUAAACAUUCUCUGCCUGUUGGCAUCCCUCGCGUUGCUACCUGGGCCGAGCACAGCUGUUCUCAAUGACAGGCCCAGAAUGCGAUGCGACGCGGGCCACCUGUUCCUGGAGGGCGGCCAAGGGAAGAACAUCAACCUGGUGACGAAGGGCAGAGGCGCCGUCGUUAUCAAUGGGCUAGAUAUCGCCGGCUCCAUUUCCUUGAUGUCAGCAGUGCGCCCACAACUGGAAAGCCUCAACAACACAGACCUCGGCUACCUCGUCAGGAACCUCUCCCGCGUUGCUCAGACAGUGGCAUCUCAGCAGUGGAUUUCGUCUUCCAUUGAAGGACUUAAGACAAAUGCUUCAAGAAGUCGAGGGAAUCUUGCAACAUUACGCAACGACGUGUCCAGCAUCCAGACGACCUUGCGUGACCGGCUGGACCCCUUGGUGGCCAACGUGAGCCAGCUGAGCACCCAGGUCGGCCUCAUCACUCCUGAAGGUGGUCAGCGCCUGCAGCAGAUUAACACCGUCAUUCAGAAUCUCCAACAAGCGAGCACGGAGGCAGCGACCGCCCGCCACGACCUGACCGAGCGCGUGAUCCCAGGCCUCCGGCAGGAUGUGACGCAGCUCCAGACGGGGAUCGUGGGGCUGCCGCAGCUUCGGGAUCGCGUCGAGGCCCUUGAGGCGCAGAUCAACGGCUCGGACAUCUCGGGUUCCUCUGAGGUCUUGUCCGCCAGCGACAGUAGCACCAUCAGGAAGAUUAAGAGGAAUCUGAGGCGUCUCAACGCGCGGCUGGAAAUAAACGAGUGUGCCAGCGGGCCCUGCCGGAACGGGGCUACGUGCAUCGACGGAUACAUGUCCUAUACAUGUCUGUGUCAGAAGGGCUGGACGGGCGAGAACUGCGCCGAUGACUUCAACGAGUGCUACGAUUUCUUUGGGACGGAUCUGGGGUGCCAGAACGGUGCCACGUGCGUCAACACACCAGGGGGUUACACGUGCCAAUGUGCAGCUGGAUGGUACGGCGUACACUGUACCCUUAAGAGCGACUCGUGCACGGCGUCCUCCGGUUCCUCCCUCUGCGGGCCUCACGGGGUCUGCAUCAACACGCCCCGCCGAGGUCACGCCUUCUCCUGCGUGUGUGAUGAGGGUUGGACUCCCGGAAACAGCACGCCGGCCUGCGUGGAUGUGAACGAGUGCAGUUCCUAUCACACCCGCUGUUCUUCGCUCGUCACUUGCGUCAACUACCCCGGAGGUUUCCAGUGUGGGCCGUGUCCUUCAGGUGAGUCGGCCAGUGAGUAUGACACGCUGUCCGAUGCUCUCCUGCUCUUCUGCCUCCCGAGUUUAUAUGUACUUUUCCCCUGCUUUAAUGCCCUCGAUUCCUUCACAUCCACGCAGGGUUGGACUCCCGGAAACAGCACGCCGGCCUGCGUGGAUGUGAACGAGUGCAGUUCCUAUCACACCCGCUGUUCUUCGCUCGUCACUUGCGUCAACUACCCCGGAGGUUUCCAGUGUGGGCCGUGUCCUUCAGGUUACACCGGCGAUGGAUUUCAUUGUCAGGACGUAGACGAAUGCCUUGUCAACAAUGGUGGGUGCUCGCCGUACAGCAUAUGUCAUAAUACAGUGGGAGGACGCCGCUGUGGCCCUUGCUCCUCCGGAUUCACAGGCAAUGGAGAGUCUUGUUUUCCUGCGCCGCGACCCUGCCAACAGUCCGCCUGCCACCCGCUCGCUACCUGCGUCGAGAGUCCACAAAUGCCAAACGGGUACCAGUGCAUAUGUCCCCUCGGCUAUCAAGGCAUGGGUAUUGGCAUGUACGGUUGCAUGCCCGCUUCUGGAGGAGGAGGACAAGCGAUUCAACCUCAACCACAGCCUCAACCUCAGCCUACGAACCUGUGUCAAAAUCAGCCCUGUAUGAACGGCGGAACGUGUGUGCAGUUCCCUGGGUCGUAUACCUACACGUGUACCUGUCAGCCCGGUUAUACUGGACAUAGUUGCGAAACGCAGGUCGACGCCUGUGCCAGUAACCCGUGCUUGAAUGGUGGCACUUGCACCUCCGGGCUGAAUACUUACACGUGUACUUGUUCGUCUUCCCACACUGGAGAGCGGUGUCAGACGGAGACCGAGCAAUGCGGAGGUUUCUUUAACACCGCGGAAGGUUCAGUAUCGUACCCUGGCGUAGAAGGCGUCAACUACAACCACAACAUCGACUGUGUCUGGAUCAUUAGUGUCCCGAGAGGCAAGGUCAUCAACGUGACAUUUGACCACUUCCACUUGGAGGCAAUGGGUUGUCGUUAUGACUGGUUGCAGAUCCACGACGGCAGAAGGUCGACGGCGCCCCUGAUAGGACGCUACUGCGGACAGACGCUUCCGGGCGCCAACGGCACCGUCAUCAGCACCCACAACGUACUGUACCUUUGGUUCCGCUCGGACGAAUCACACGCCGCCACGGGGUUCAGCUUGACGUGGAACGCUACUGAUCCAGUUUGCGGGAGUGACAUCAGGGACCUGGAAUACGGAUCGAUAAAUUCCCCGGGUUAUCCUGGCAAUUAUCCACAUCUGCGUGAUUGCUACUGGACGAUUAGGGUCACGCCUGGCAAGAGGAUUAAAUUCCACUUCGCAACGUUGCAGAUUGAGAACCACGCCAACUGCAGUUAUGAUUUCCUUGAAGUUCGCGACGGCCUGACGGAGACAGGACACCUCCUGGCGAAGUACUGCUCCUCCCAGGCACCGGCGCCGCUCACUACUUCGGGGUCGGAGGCUUUCCUGCACUUCCACUCCGACAUCUCCAUGACCGACACGGGAUUCCACAUCGCCUUCAGCUCGGAGCCCGGAAUCCCCGGCUGCGGAGGCCUGUUGACGAACGACAUGGGCGAGUUCUCCGUGCCCACGCUGGAUGACCGCUACCAGAACAACAUCCGGUGCGAGUGGCUCAUCCGCGUGCCCCCGGGCGAGUACAUCCAACUCAACUUCACCGAGUUCCACCUGGAGAGACCUCUCUACGGGAGCCGCUGCCGUUUUGACUACGUGGAGAUCCACGACGGGGGGAGUAUCGACAGCCCAGUCAUGAGUCGAUGGUGUGGAUCUAACCUCCCGAGCGCCACGAUUUCGUCAUCGAAUCAGCUGUUUGUGGUCUUCCACGCGGAUCACUCCAUCACCGGGCGCGGUUUCUCUGCUAAUUAUCGCGUGGCAUGCGGAGGCGAAUACUCCGGCGCCACGGGACUGCUCCGCUCCCCCUACCAUCCGCAGAGUUAUCCGCACAACAGGGAGUGCGUAUACGUGAUCUCCCAGCCCGUCGGGAAGGCGAUUGUGCUGAACUUCACCGAUUACGAUAUUGAGGGACCGUCUUAUUGGGGAGGCUGUCGGUGGGAUUACGUGGAGAUUCGUGACGGCAGACGGGAAACCUCACCGCUCUUCGGCCGUUACUGCGGGCCCGAAACCCACCGACCGGACCCGAUCAUCUCGACGCACAACUACAUGUGGAUUAAGUUCGUGACGGAUGCCAGCGUCAACAACCGGGGUUUCAUCGCGAAUUACACUACGAUUGACACGUCGUGCGGCGGCAUCAUCCGGGACCUUUCGGGGCACAUCAACUCCCCGAACAGCCCUGACCAGUACCCGGGCGUGACAGACUGCCGCUGGAUUAUCGACCUGCCCCCUAAUUACGUCAUUCAGAUCACGUGGCAUACCUUCGCGUUGGGGAGUAGUUACUGUGAGAGUAAUUACGUGCAGAUGUUCGACAACUCGUCUAUUACUGGGACCGGAGGAAUGAUGGGAGAACGAUACUGUGGCAGCAACACCCCCCCGAUUAUGACGUCAUCGAGCAACCUGGUCACCAUUCACUUCCACGACGAAUACACUUUCAGCCAAGAUUCGUUCUCGGCUAUCUAUCACGGCAUCGAUUCCUCCACUAGUAUCACCGUCAUGAUAAUAUUUCAUCCCAUAAUAACACACUUUUCCUUCGCUCCUCCCUACAGAAAUGGCGGCUACUCAACCUCUCCCUUAUUGAAGAAAAUAUGCAGCAAAAACGCAACGGUUCACGAUAUCGUAUCCCAUUCCUUCCAGCUCUACUUGAAGUUCAAAACCGACUCUACCUCGAAUUAUAAAGGAUUCAAUAUCUCUUGGGAAAUGGCUGACUCGCAAUGCGGUGGAGAACUCACAGCUGUGUCCGGAGAGUUCGUGUCGCCCGGCUACCCCGAACCGUACCACAACAGCGCCCUCUGUGUGUGGCGGAUCCGCGUGGCGCAGGGAAGCAGUGUGAGACUGAGAUUCGUCGACCUCGACCUCGAAAACGCCCCCAACUGCAUGUACGAUUUUGUGGAGAUCCGAGACGGUGACAACGAGAGAGCGCCGUUGCUAGGACGCCACUGCGCGACCGCCGACCGUUUCAUUGGUUAUAAUUCCACUUCUAACACGAUGUACAUAUCUUUCCUUGCUGAUCAUGUUAUCAAUUCAAGAGGAUUUAAAGCGCAUUAUACAGCAGUGUGUAACCGCGUGAUCACGGGACCACGAGGUGUCAUUACGUCCUUCAACUACCCUAACCCAUACCCACACAACCAGAACUGCACAUGGACGAUCAAAGUCCCUCAAGGAAACUCUAUCAAUGCGUCGUUUAGCGAUUUCGUCUUGGAGGAGUCUAUGAGUUCCGAGACUGAGUUAUGUUAUUUUGACUUCGUGGAGCUACGCGAGGGUCGGGACAGCGAAGUGGCACGCUCCGUCAUCGGGCACUACUGCAGAAGGCACCCACCCCCGCCCAUUGCCACCUCGCCCACCAUGAACGUCCUGGAGGUGAACUUCGUCAGUGAUUACGUUGUGGCUGAUAAUGGGUUCCGACUCGAGUGGGUGGUCAACGGUUGCGGAGGCGAGCUGACGAAGGCUUCCGGAUCCUUCAACAGCCCGAACUACCCGAACGCGUACCCGAUCAACACCGACUGCGAGUGGCAUAUCCGGACGGCCCCGGGCACCAGGAUCGAGAUCACGGUGCACGACUUCGAUCUGGAGAGCUUUGGCAACUGCGUUUUCGAUUCGCUGAAGAUCUACGGAGGCCCCGAUGCGUCAUCCCCCGAACUGCAGACGUUGUGUCACCGGCAGACGAACCCCAUCGUCGCUACUACGCAAGGCAACCAGGCUUUCCUCUCCCUUCAUAGCGACCAGUCCGUCAGGGGGAAAGGAUUCAAUGCCACUUACAGGACUCUGCAUGAUGGAUGUGGAGGCUCCUACUCGGCUCCUGAAGGCACCAUUCACACCCCAGGAUACCCGAAUCAAGACGUUAUCAACAGCGACUGUCAAUGGACCAUCACCGUCGAUCGUCUACACGUCGUGGAGUUUAAUUUCACUGACUUCGAUGUCCAGUUCACUACUAAUUGCAGCGACGAAUACGUAGCGGUAUAUGACGGCGCAGACUCCACCGGACCUGAGCUGACGAGGCGCUGUCUUGACACCCCAACGUCUCCGAAUUUCGUUAGGUCGACGGGGAAUUCCCUCACCGUCCGCCUCGUCUAUGCUGGGACGUCACGCGGCCGAGGAUUCUCCGCCUCCUACAAGAGGGGAUGCGGAGCGACUGUCAACGUGUCCAUGGAAGAACGCGGUGACCUCGUAUCCCCCCACUACCCCCACCUCUUCACUUCCGGCCUCAACUGCUCAUGGCAUCUACAGGCUCCUGAAGGCUCCCGAGUCAUGCUUCACAUUGCCCAUCUUGACAUACACACAAGAAUCCCGAACGUCAACAACUGCAGUAUGGACUAUGUAGCGAUACUGGACGGCCCUAAUAACCGCGCCCCUGAACAAGGAAGAUACUGUGGGUCGCAUACUCCACGUGCUAUAAUUUCCUCUGCAAGAUACCUUACUGUUAACUUGGUUACGUUGUAUGGUUUCGGUGUAGGAUUCAGGGCUGUCUAUAGCGUCCUCACUUCAGGCUGUGGAGGAGACCUGAGCUCGGUGUCGGGAGAGCUGGCCACGCCCCAUUAUCCCCAGCCUUAUCCGAGUCCCAUUGAGUGCGAGUGGAACGUCAAGGCUGGUCCAGGCAACCAAGUACAACUCAACUUCAUAGAAUUCGACUUGGAAAACACCCAAGGAUGCAACACAGAUUACGUCGAGGUGCACGAGACGGAUCCUGCAGGACCCUUGCUUCUCCACAACUGCUCCACCAACCUCCCGGCGCCCAUCAACGCCCACGACUCCCUCUGGAUCAAGUUCCGUUCGGACGAGACGGGCGUGGGGGCUAAGGGCUUCCUCGCCUCCUACAGCCUGGUGUACGGCGUAACCCAACGAGGCGAGAGCGGCGAGGUCGUGUCCCCGAUGUACCCACAUGUGUACAGAGGCGAGGACAUUACUUGGCGGAUUAGAGUGUCCUGGGAAAAGGUCGUACGCAUCACCUUCUUAGAUAUGGACAUCGAAGGCAACCCUGUCGACGACACUUGUAUCUCGUCAGUGCAGGUUUACUCAGGCUACUACAGACAUGUCGGCACUUUCUGCGGCUACGAGGCACCCCCAGAUCCCAUCUACAGCUCGUGGAACGUGGCGACGGUCAAGUUCCACACUGGGCAUCACAACGUGGGUGCCAGGUUCCGGUUCCGCUAUGACGCCGUUGACCGAGGGGUUCAUCCUCCCUCGACGAUGGUCAGGCAAACCGAUAGCAACUGCACCUUCUUCAUGACUCUCAACGAAUCUUCAACGGUAAUCAAGAAUCCAGGCAACCCAGGCUACGCUAACAACCUCAAUUGCCAGUGGAUAUUGGAAGCUCCCGCACAUUUCCGCUUGCAAAUCUACGUGUCUUAUGAACUGGAGGAAUCUCAAACAUGCUAUUACGAUCGCAUUAAUAUUUAUGAUGGCGUAGAAGGCCGUCAGACGUGGAACCAAACCCGUACGCUCUGCCGUCGGUCGCAGUGGUCUGAGAAAUCCUUCAAGUCCAGCGGUCGCUUCUUGAAACUCACCUUCGUCACCGACCACUCCGUUAGUGCGAGAGGGUUCGAGGCCUACAUCGUGCCACAAUGCGGAGGCUACUUGUACGGUCCAGAAGGUGUUAUCGCCACGCCCAAUUAUCCGGAGAACUAUGACAGUGGACUUCGUUGUAAAUGGCACAUAGUAGUCGGCUUUGGAAGGACUAUCAGGCUCGAGUUUGAUGAGUUUAAGGUGACGAACACGACGCCAGUUUGUGGGGGAGACUAUCUGUUGAUCCGAAACGGCAACAGUCCUUCCUCGCCCUUCCUCGGAGCCGGGAAAUUCUGCGGCACUGCUACUCCUCAAGUCACAGAGUCAUCCUCAAACGUCCUCACACUCGAAUUCGUUUCGGACAACAGCGACAGUAACAAGGGCUUCAAACUACGAUACUACGAAACAGCUGACGCGUGCGGGGGCAACCACAGGCUAACAGCUGACGUGACUCGCCUCACAGUUACGUCACCGAAUUAUCCAAACUCACCUGACCCUCACACCGAAUGCGCCUGGGUGAUCCUUGCUCCAGCUGGCAAGGCGAUCUCGCUUCACUUCGAGGGUCAUUUCGAUAUCACCACGCUGGAUGGCAGCUGCGACCAGGCUUACGUGGAAGUUCGUGAUGGAGGCACCAUAUUAUCACCUCUACUGAACACCGCCUGUGGGUCUGAGCUUCCUAGUACCCAGCACAGCACAGGGAAUAUUCUUUACGUGCGUUACUUUAAUAAUAUGACUCACCAUCACUCUGGCUUCAAGGCUAUUGCUGAAAUAGACACAUGCGGUGGCACCUACAACGUACUCGAGGGCGGCGUGAUCACCUCUCCCAACUACCCUGAGGCUUUCCCAGACAACGUCAACUGCACUUGGCGUAUCGUAGGGCCUGUGGGGCACUUCCUCAGCCUGCGGUUCAUUGAUCUGCAACUUGAAGGCCCAGAUAGCAAUCCCAACUGUACCAGUGCCAUGGGACGUGUGGUCAUACGCGAUAACUCGACAGACGGUGAAGUACUUGCCCAGGCAUGUGGAACGAACUUGCCCUCCCCCGUGGAUACAGCAGCCAACGUGGCUUAUGUUGUGUUCAAGGGUUUUGAUAACACGGAUCAAAGGGGUUUUAAACUCAUCUACAACGUCAGCUUAGAAGAAUGUGGUGGAGAGAUGUCAGGACCCGAAGGCGAAAUCAAGUCUCCAGGUUACCCGCAUGGAUAUUCCAGAAAUAGGAUCUGUGUUUGGCAUAUUACCGUUCCCGAGGGGCGCAGAGUCAUGAUCGAGGUAGUGGACAUAGACCUGGCCGCCGAUUACUAUGAAGAAUAUUCUUUCUAUCACUGCCGGGAUUACAUACGUAUGAGGAAUGGACCGGAUAGGUAUUCUCCGUCAUAUCAUCCCUUCAGUCUUCUCUGCGACACCAGAAAUCUGGAGAACCCUUUCUUCAACGCGAGUAUGAACGUCGCUACAGUGGUGUUCGUGUCGAGAAAAGGUUUUUCGUCCGGUCGGGGAUUCCGCCUGCGUUGGACUUCUGACGAACCUCAAGAGUGCGGUGGGCGGCUUGACUAUCCCUCUGGCGAACUGUCGACCCCUAGACAAGAGGAGGGACGGUAUGCCCACAGCCUGUACUGCGUGUGGACGUUAGAUAACCUUAAUUCUCUGAACUCCUCCUUCAGUGUGUCUGUGACCCAUCUUGACCUCGAGGAUCGCUGCUUCGACUUCAUCACAAUCGAAGGAGUCACCACCGAGGGAGAGAUUGUUGAGGUUCAAAAAGUCUGCAACAAUUAUAACAUGGAAACGGUUAUUGUCCCUUACCCUGCACUGAGGAUAAAGUUUAUCACCGACUCCUCCGUCAACGCCAUAGGGUUCAACCUGACGUACGGCCUCAGUCCCUGUGGAGGCCAGGUGCACGGGCCUCAGAGCGUCAUCCACACGCCCAACUAUCCCUCAAACUAUCCACCUAAUACCCACUGCGGAUGGCUGUUCAACUACAACGAAGGGGAACAGAUUGAUUUCGAGUUCACGGACUUCCGCCUCGAGAACUCCAUCCACCACGACUUCGUCAGGAUCUUCAACGGGCCGCGCAGGACGUCCCCGCUCAUGCACCAGUACACGGGCACCACCAACCCUGGCAGCGUCGGGCGUUCCAUGACUAACCACCUCCUCGUUGAGUUUAACAGCGACGCCACCGACAACGACAGGGGCUUUAGAGCGGUCGCAAGCAGGCAUAUCCGAGGGUGCGGCGGUCUGUUCCACGGAAUGUCGGGGAAUCUGAGCAGCCACGACUUCCCUCAGGACUACCAGAGUAACUCGGAGUGCGAAUGGAUCCUCGAUUUCACGCCGGGAUACCACGCCGUUCUCUCCUUCGUCGAGCGGUUCGACAUCGAGACGAGUGCCGACUGCCAGAAUGACUAUUUACAGCUCUCGCAAACCUCCGACAUAGGGCAGCACGCCUUGAGUACUUGGACACAGGUGCUAAAAGCCUGCGGGAAACAGAUGCCAACUCCUCUCACGCUUGUGGGCACGCGGGCCAGGAUCUUCUUCCACGCUAAUGAGGCCGUGCAAGGAGCUGGAUUCAAGCUUACGUGGCAGAUGGAAUGUGGCAACAACUUCACGGCGACAUCCGGAGUCAUACUCUCGCCAGGCCACCCCGGCAACUAUGCCAACAAUCUAAACUGUGUCUACCGCAUCCUCGCGCCUUCGGGGCAUUUUGUCAGACUUGACAUCCAGAGUUUCCAGGUGGAAAAUUCCUACAACUGUCGAUACGACUCGAUGACGAUCUCGGACGAGACGAUGCACUGGCGCGGGUAUCGAAGGACCCUGGGCCCCUACUGCGGAAACGACAGCCCAGAAAGCCUCACCACGAAGGGCCAGACGAUCAUCACCUUCUCGACCGAUUUCUCAGUGACCUACCCCGGCUUCAGGCUUAACUACACUAUCGAAGCAUGCGGAGGCAACAUCACAGCUCCGUCGGUUAUCGAGCUUCCCACAAGGCCUUUAUACCUUCACAACAUGCACUGCACGUGGGACAUUUCAGCUCCUGAAGGGAGGGUCCCACAUAUUAAAUUCCAGAUUCUGAACCUCGAAUCGGGCUACAACUGCCCCUUCGACCACGUCAGCGUCUACGAUGGGCACACCUCCGCCAACUCGAAGCUGAUAUCGCGUUUCUGCGGGAACCUGAUGUCUGCGCUCCCGACCCUGGCUGCCAACGAGCGCCUCGCGAGGGUCGAGUUCCGCUCGGACUCCUCCGCCGCGAGGGAAGGCUUCAGGGCCAACAUCGAGUUCACUUACGCGUGCGGAGGGAACGUGAACAUCUCGAGCGCGGGCGCCACCCACACCAUCCGCUCUCUUGAUGCUGAUAAUGACGGGAACUACGAGCCCUUCCUCGACUGUCGCUGGACUGUCGUUGGCCUGGCGGAAAACGUGGUCAAUCUCACCUUCACUAGACUUGACAUCGAGCCUCCGGGAGAGAAUGACACCAGUCCGUGUCCUUAUGAUCAUGUGCAGAUCUUCGACGGUCCCUCGGAUAAGUCUCCCCUGAUCAGCACCUUUUGCAACAGCACGUCCCUCCCUCCGUCUGUAGUUUCUUCUUCGAACGUCAUGUACAUUCGGUUCACCUCCGACAGUGCUAAUGAGAGAGCUGGUUUCACGGCGACGGUGUCCAAUAUCCCUCAUCCCUGCGGCACAUCCGCCCUGAUAGCCACCAACCACACUCAAACGAUCGAAUCUCCCGGUUAUCCGAACCAGUACCAGACCAGUAUCCGGUGCCGCUGGACCAUCACGGCGCCGGAAGACACUCAGGAUAUUCAUAUUGAAUUCACGGACAUGAAUCUUGAGUCUUCUGCAAGAUGCACGAAGGAUUAUCUUGAAAUUUCGGAGUAUUUAACCAACACAGCAGACUCCCGAAUUACAGCCGGAUAUACGAGAUGGACCAUUGACAUAGGAGGGCGUAGAGCGUAUUUCAGUCGGCCGUACGGAGCAGACCACACGUACUGCGGAUCAGCACUCCCACAUUCUUUCGACUCCUACACGAACUCCCUGCAGAUGCGAUUCCAAAGUGAUGAGACCGUGACAGCACCGGGAUUCAGGAUGCAGUACUCCAUCUCAACUUGCAACAGGACAUACAGCGCCUCUAGCGGCUACGUAAAAAUAAACCAGGGAAAGUCUUGCUUCACCACUUUCCAGGCUCCUGUCGGCUCUUUUGUCAGUCUUUAUUUCCGUUCGUCCUACGUACCGUUUAGCGAAAAUUGUCAAAAUGGAGAGCUUAAGAUAUACGACGGCGCCUCAAACUCCGACACACUCUUACUUUCCUACUGUGGAUACCGGGUAGCUAGUCCGGUGUUCUCAACGGGAAAUACCCUUUAUAUGGAGGUCCCAGCACGGUCUUACCUGGAACUGACUUACGUAACGUCGAACCAGUCGAGCGGAUGCGGAGGUUCAAUGUUCGUGUCGCACAGAACCAAGAUAACGAGCCCUAACUACCCGUCUCCUUCUGCGGAAAAUCUGGAUUGCAUGUUUACUGUCAUGGUGCCACAGAGUCUCCACGUGGUUAUAGGCGUUAGAGUCAACUUCGGCGGCCCCGAUCAGUGUAACAGCACAUACCUUGAACUGUAUGAUGUAAGAAAUGACGGAAGUUCUGUGCUCUUCAAUACCUUAUGUGGAGAUGAAUCGAACGUCGCCAAUCACUUGGCACCGAGCAACAAAAUGGCAGUGAGGUACGUGACAGGCGCCGGGAACCAGACAGGCACCGGUUGGGAGAUUUCGGUUCAAGGAGCCGAACCUCACGAGAGCACAGUGUUUGAUGAUGACGAGAGUGAAGAGCCUGUAACAGUGAGUUCGUGAAUCCAAGAUAUGACUUCAGGUGCAUAGAAAAACGUACCUUGCUUUAUCAGGAUACAAGACUUCAUUGACUUCAGACGUAAAGAAAACGUACCUUCACGAAGAUACAAGACUUCAUUGACUUCAGAUGCAUCGAAAAUGUACCUUGCUUUAUCAGGAUGCAAGACUUAAUUGACUUCAGACGUAAAGAAAAAGUACCUUCACGAAGAUACAAGACUUCAUUGACUUCAGAUGCAUAGAAAACGUACCCUGCUUCAUAAUGAGACAAGACUUCAAUGACUUCAGAUGCAAAGAAAAUGUACUCACCUUCUACAAGAACAUAAAACGUCAGUGAUUUGCAUUAUGAAGAGAACACUUCAAAAAGUAACGCUCAUUAUUUAUCGAGUAAUUCCAGUUCCCAGUUAAUAGCAGCUUACUUUUUCGGUAUAUAAUUUCUUCACGCUGCUGAUGUGAUAUUUCUUGAAUUGUAUGUAACAUGAAAUAAUAAAAUUACUAUAUGAAUA